AGACCUUGACCUCUGCACCAAAACAAAAUGAGAGGAAGAAAUUUUUGAAAUUAGUGGAAUUUGAACCCAUUAUGUGCCACUGUUGAGGAGUAGAGAUUGAUUUCUACCGAGAGUGUUGGACUCGACAUAUCAUUCCUGAGUAGAGUUACUCUGACUUAGAUACCAAAUAGCACAGUAUAUGCAUUCCAUGAUGUGGAGAAAAUCAUUUAUCGGAGAGAUUAGACGGAUAACAAAACGACAAAAAAUAGUCGAGAAUGGUGUAUGCAGUCAUUGUCUCUCUACGACUGUGCCUCCAAAUUUUGACCAGUCCCGAUCAAAGCACCAUCAACAAGCAUUUAAACUCAAACAAGUUGAGGUACCAAACAUAAAACAGGAAUUUCAGGGAUUACAAACCGAUUUCCCAUGCCUGACAAAAAACAAGCCUUCUGGUCCGGAACCCGAAUAUGGUAAGAUAGUGUCAGGAUUCAAAGUAUAUGACCAUGAUGAGCCUUUUAAAUUGAAAUAUAAUGGAGGGCUCCUUCCGAACCUCAGCAUUGCAUACGAAACCUGGGGAGAAUUGAAUGAAGACAAAAGUAAUGCCGUCUACAUAUGUGCAGGACUUUCAGCAAGUUCACACGCAAGAAGCCACCUGGCAAAUCCCAAUGCUGGUUGGUGGGAGAAGUUUGUGGGACCAGGAUGUGCAGUUGAUACAUCAAAGUUUUUUGUCAUAUGUGCAAACAAUCUUGGUGGCUGCUAUGGAACUACUGGGCCUUCUUCCAUCAACCCCAUUACAGAGGAACCAUAUGCCACUACAUUUCCUAUUAUCAGUGUACAGGACAUGGUCAAUGCUCACUUCUUACUGCUGGACAGUUUGGGAAUAAAAAAGCUCCAUACAUGUGUCGGCUCGAGUCUCGGAGGAAUGUUAUCUCUCACUGCUGCUGUGCAAUACCCAGAAAGGGUUGGCAGAUUUGUGUCUAUAUCGUCAUGUGCAAUGUCACACCCCUCAUCAAUAGCCAUGAGGUACUUACAGAGGAAGAAUAUAAUGACAGACCCUAACUGGAACAAGGGAUACUAUUACAAUGGGAAGUAUCCUAGAAUGGGGAUGAAGCUAGCCAGAGAAAUUGGGACACUUACCUACAGAAGUGGACCUGAGUGGGAUGAAAGGUUUGGGAGAAAGCGCAUAGAUGAAAAUGAGGCUAAAACACCGAGCCUCUGCCCCACCUUUAUGAUUGAGAACUACCUAGAUUACCAGGGGGAGUCUUUCUGUACAAAGUUUGACCCAAACUCACUGCUCUAUAUAUCAAAGGCUAUGGACCUGUUUGAUAUUGGAGAGGGGUUUAAUAGUGUAGAUGAGGCUUUGAGCAUGACCUCCUGUCCUGCAAUGGUGAUUGGAGUCCAGACUGACAUUUUGUUCCCCAUCUGGCAACAGAGGGAACUUGCAAAGAUGCUACAAGAUUCAGGAAAUACUGCUGUGACGUUCUACGAGUUGAAUUCCUUAUAUGGUCAUGACACAUUCUUGCUUGACUUAAAUGGAGUUGGUGCUGCAGUAAAGGGAUUUCUAGAGACAGAGCUAAGGGAGACUGGAAUGUUAACUGAAAAGAGAAACGCCCACCAGAGAGACAGGAAACUUUUCUAAACUAUUACAGAAGAAACUUAUUGCCACUUUAAAGGUGUCAAUCUGACAAUAUGCCAUCUAUGGCUCGAGUAUUGUCAAUAGUAUUAAGAAACAAGAUUUCUUGAUGUGUGUCCUUCUGCCCACCUACCAACCUGACAUACAAAAUAUGCCACACAGUGGAUUAAUACAGUCUCUCUUAGUGUACUUGACAAAAUUGAAAUCAGGGAAUUCAAGACAGAAAUAAAAAGUCCUUCCUAAUGCAACAACAAUGGACUAUUAUUCACACUUCUUUCAAAAGCAAGCCACCAGAGUUCAAUAACCAAUGCAGUUUAGUAAAGUGAUAGUUGCAGAAAGCAUGAAACAUGUAUUGGUUUGGAAAAGAUCAGAAAGAUUACUUCAGGUCUCAGAUUAUUAUUUUUGAAUAACAUUUGUUAGUCUCUUUAGAAUUUCAUGCAUUUAAUACCAAAUGUAGUGUUUUAAACUCCUAGAACGUCACAGGAGUAUUAACCGCCUUGUAUAUUGUAUUUUACUGUGUUGUAUUGUAAUAUUUUGUUUUUUAACAAUGUUCAUUUUAGAGAUCUUGAGAUUAUUGAAGUGUAAAGCCUUCUCUAUUUUGAGAAUUUAAACUUGGAUUUUGGGUCUCACUGAAUAUUUAAUAAACUCUAACUUAUAGUGAGUUUCCUAUAUUGAGCCCCAUGGGCUUAUAACCACAGCACUAGUAAAUAGUUACCAGUUUCACCACCAGG